AUUACCGCCUGUGAAGAGCAGCAAAACAAAGCAGCGGCGCAUACAGCACAGUCGAGAUUUAACAACGGAGUGAGAUGUGCGCAAGUGAACCUCGUAAACUUCUUUAAAAUAAUUUUGAAAUAUAAAUUCAAGUUCAUAUUGACCACAAAUUGUGUAAAGAAGUUGAGACACUUUUGAUGUUCCCCUCGCCCAACGCACGCUGCAACUCAGAGGAUUCGCUCGUCAACUGGUCCAAUCAGAAUGCUGUGGCCCAGCGUAGUAAAAGUGUACCUCGUAUGUAUGGCGGCUGUGCGGAUGCCGGUAAUCCGAUAGCCAAUAACGCUACCACCGCCGUCGGGUCAUCACAACCAAGUCGACCCAGCAGUUAUGGCGCCUAUAAUAAUAUACCCCAUAGUAUGGGAUGUGCUGUUGCGGGCAGCACGGCGAGUAGAAGAGGAAAUGACGGUAUAUCAGCGGUGCAGGUUCAUCAAUACUUAAGACAGAGCAGUGAGCAAAAUACGCCAAACAAAAGUAUUAGCAACAAUCAGCUUCAGUAUCGUCAGCAUGUCAAUCAGCAGCAUCAGACUUACCCAACAAACCGUUAUAGUUACAGUGGUACAUGUAUGGGUGCGGGUGCGGGUGUGAGCGUGGGAGUGGGCGCGGCUGCAGCUAUGGGCAGCAGCUCAGCCGCUCUUUUGCAUUUAUCAACAAAUCGACUUGAUCCAUUCUCAGUGACAACAACAACAGUGGGCUCAUCGUUGCUGGGUGAUAGCAUGACGGAGAUUGUUGUGGACGACUUGCGGAAUAUGCACGAACCCACGUCUGAAUUGCUUGAUUAUUGCAAACGCAAGUUUCUGCGGCCGUUUAUUACAGUAUUAUCACUUGUCGGUGUGAAUCCCUUACCAACGGAUACAUCUAAAAUACUCUCCUGCUUAAAUUACACGCAAGCUUUGGUGGUAUUGCUAACAUUAUUAUUUGGUUAUUUUCUCCAAUAUUUAUGUUCAUAUCGCGGCGAUCGAGGUUUCAUAGCACACGAUCAGGAUCUGCCAACCAAUCCCAGCUCGAAUGCCACUUACACUGUGGGUCAAUUGUUGUUCGGUCACAUUUUUCCCAAUGCACUCAAUUUAUCAAGCUUCAUAUCGGCAAUUAUAGUUUUCAAAAUACUUGAUCAGGAGCAAUUACAAAAUUUGAUUGAACGUGUUUUCCUUAGCACUUUGGUACCACGUCGUUUAUGCAGAUUCUUAUGGCUUUACUUGUUUUGUGCUCUUGUAUUGUUAUUAUUGCUCUUCGCAUACACAGUACCAUCCGUAUUGCUGCAAUCACACAUUAUACAAGUCAAGUGGUUUACUGGGAUAUUAGCCGACUGGGAGUUGGGUAUUAAGGUUGUUUUGAUCAUAACGCUAUUUGUUCAGGAUUUAGUUGAGGUUAUAAUACUCGCCAACUAUUGCAUCCAGUGCUAUUUGCUGCGUGUGCAUAUUUCUUCGUUGUCACAUAAACUUCUGAUGCAUUCCAUUGAGACCACCGACUGGAUGCGUGAAGUUCUUGAGUUUCACAAAUUAUUAGAUCAUCUAAAUCGUCAUGCUGCAGUGCCGGUGUGCUUUUUGACAAUUAUGAAUUUAGCAUAUGCCUUUGCUGGCUUAAUAUAUAUUUUCAAUGAUUUAGAUUUUCAUUAUUCUGCAUUGGAAGUUGUUAUUUUGAAUAUUUUUAAUGUAUUACUUUGGCUUUGGCUCGGAGUUAUACCAUUUGUGUUGGCCGCUUCAGUAACGCAUGCAUGCCAGAAGGCUCAGUCUAACGGUCAUCAUAUUAGAGCGCGACCCUUUGUUUAUCACAGCACCUCAACAGAGGAUUUAAAUUCUACACUUUUAUUUUCAUCGUCCUUACAAAUGUCUGCGAAAAUUUUCAAAAUGCCAAUCCAACCCAAUUAUCUUUGUUGCACUUUAUUAUCGAUAUCGAUAUUAGUCUUAACAUUGGGCAUGUGCCUUAAUCCGUCAAUUAUAGGUAUUUUUUAAAAGUAUGAUAUAUAUUAUAAGAACGUAAAAAACCCAUAAACGUGUUGGUAAUAAUAAAUA